GCCAUCUAACCCCCAGCAGCAGUAGAAGCUAAAACCGAAAUAGGGGUGGACGACUGGUCCGUACAAUGAAAAACAGUACAACUCCAGCGUUGGUUUUAACCACAGACGCCUGCACUUCGCCCAUUUGUGAUUAACGCAGGCUCUCGGCCAACAGCAAGCUUGUCUGUGGGGUUUUGUGUAGACGCGAGUGACCAGAAAAACCCCAAAGAGCGAGGAUGUUGGUCCCCGCGGGAAGAUAAUGAAGAGGCUGCGCGUUUUGUUGGUGUGCCUCAUUGUAGCUCUGCUGUUCUGGUGUCCCAGUCAACAUGUGUAUUGUUCGGAGCAGAACCCAAAUCAGUCUGCUGGGGACAAAAGCCCUGAAGGCCACGAGCAGGACUCCACACAACACAAGGUGGUGGAAGAAUGCUCGACACACACGUCGUAUGAUGUGGGCCUAGAGACGGAGAGAGCAGCACUGGAGAAGCUGAACGCACACGACAACACAAACAAACAGACUGUGAAUCUUCGGGAAGCUGUGCUGGAGGAGACGAAGCCAGAUCCAGAGUCUGAUACUGUACCUGUUGCUCCUGAGCCAGAUGCCAGCGCGGACCCCCGAGCCGAGGGCGAGCUGCAAACUGGCAUCCAGGGCCAUGACCAGAGAGCCCCUCUGUCCUCCACUCCAGAAGCACCCCCAACCUCAGCAGAAAUCUCUGGUCACAUCCCCACUGCACACCAGGGCCUGGAACCGGACCCAAGCACCCCCCCACAUGAACCCACGACCACACCUACCUCAGAGGGGGCGGAGCCAGCUCACCCAAGUGCAGUGUGGGUUGCCAGUGCAGGAGAUGAACUCCCAGUAGACAGCUUUGUCUUUGCUGAGCACUCUGAUUCACAGUGCGGGGUCAUUCCCCCCGAACUGGCAACCUGUGAAAACUCCCCUUUUGGAAACCCUCCUCUCAGUGUCGGCGAGGAUAGCAUAGAGGACCAGCUACCAGACCAGAGCCACAGCGCCGAUCCUAAAGCCGAGGUUCAGCCCACCUCAGGUCAUGUGGACCAGGAGCAACAGCAGCAACAGGGGUUCGAUGUGGACCAUGAAAGGAACACCUCCCGACACCAGAGACAGCAGGCGGGGGACGUCAGGGAGACCGAUCCCUCAGUGCCCAGCAAAGAAGACAUUCCCACCUUUGAUGAGUGGAAGAAACAAGUCAUGGAGGUGGAGAAGGAGAAAAGUCAGUCUCUCCACACCACUGCCAGUGGCAGCCCCCAUCCCGUGAAGAAAGUUCAGAAAAAUUUCAAGAAUAACUACGCCUCUGUGGAGUGUGGUGCCAAGAUCCUGUCAGCCAACAGUGAGGCCAAGAGCACCUCAGCCAUUCUCAUGGAGAAUAUGGAUCUUUACAUGCUAAAUCCUUGCAGCAACAAAAUCUGGUUUGUGAUAGAGCUCUGUGAACCUAUUCAAGUCAAGCAGCUGGACAUUGCUAACUUUGAGCUCUUCUCGUCUACUCCUAAAGACUUUUUGGUUUCCAUCAGUGACAGCAGAUAUCCUACCAGCAAAUGGGUGAAGCUCGGAACCUUCCACGCCCGCGACGAGCGCAUAGUCCAGAGCUUCCCGCUGGAUGAGCAGCUUUACGCGAAAUAUAUGAAGAUGUUCAUCAAGUACAUUAAGGUUGAACUCCUCUCACACUUUGGUUCAGAACAUUUCUGUCCCCUCAGUCUCAUCAGAGUGUUCGGUACUAGCAUGGUGGAGGAGUACGAGGAGAUAGCGGACUCCCAGUACCCUUCAGAAAGACUGGAGUACUUGGAUGAAGACUAUGAUUAUCCUCCUGGUUACCAACCAUCAGAGGACAAGGCCUCUAAAAAUCUCCUUGGCUCAGCAACUAAUGCAAUUCUUAACAUGGUGAACAACAUUGCUGCUAAUGUACUGGGCAGUAAGCAAGAGAUGGAGGGUGGAGCACAAACAGGAGCUAAUAAAACAGGAGACGGGAAGGAAAGCACAGAAGUUGCAUCUACACCGGCUGAAAGCUUGCACGAAUCUGCAGAACUGUCUGCAGAACCAGAGCAGCCUGCAACUCAGGAGGAGUCUUCGACACCUUCGCCCACGUCAUCUGACUUUCACGAGGACAGACGAAUUGUCACUUUGGUAGAGGAUGAGGACGAGGACGAAGAGCCCAGACAGUCUACUGUUAUCCUGCUGGAGGAGGGAGAGGAGGAGGAAGACAAGACGGAGGAGGAGACGAGGAGGGAGGCAGACAGGAACCAGUGGCAGAGCCAGGCCUACUGUCCCUUCUCCUCCCUCUCCUCACUGUCUCUGUCCUGCAUGGCUACUCUGCCUGAGCUGCUUCACCGUUGGUGCUCUGCCCGCUUGGCUAAAGAAAGACUUCGCAGUCUUAGGCGGAGGUUGUUGAGCUCUCAAACACGUACUGAUGCAAAUACCUCUAUCCACACACACACAACACCACCACUGAUUUCUGUCCCGGUGCCCACACCUGUACACGAGGCUCUUCCCCUCACAGAAAAUACUACAGAGCCCGAGGUGUCGGUCGUCGAACUGAGUGAGGGAAAACCUGUGGGCGAGGCACACACUGGUCACACACACCUCACUCACACACCUGAUGCACACACUCCACAACUCGACAUUCUCCUAGAGCCCAGUAGGACCUCCACCAUCCCCCCUCACAGUUUCUCAGUCAUUCAUAGUUCUGCGAUGCAGCCAAUACCCACCAGUGAGGAGAAGCUGCUGCCUCCCUUCAAAGAUGCCGACCCUGUCCCCACCCCACCCCUCCAAGCCAUCUCUAUCCCAGAGACGCAGCAGGUCAGCAGUGCCAUUCCCACCCAUACGCUCAGCUCUCCCCCACAGCUGCCACCUGAGACAACACCUCCUAUUGUGGUUCCUCUUGUUAAAGAGCAGCCUGUUCACCCGCUACCUACUGCCUCGAGGCCUGAGGACCUUAUUCCCCCUCCCACUGAACUGCCAACAGCUCCCUCACAGACUGACGCUCACUCGGAGGCGGUGAAAAUCACUGCAGACAGUGGGGACUCACAAAUCAACGGGGAGCAGGUGGACCUGCCCAGUCAGACCGGGGAGUCCCAGCGGUCAGAGGACUCUGUGGACGAGGAGCUGCUGAGCACUAAUGGAAAUGGAAACAUGCACCGGACAGCUACUGACUUUUAUGCUGAACUGCAGACUGGUGGAGAUUACAAUGGAGGGGGUUUGAACGGGAACGGCGUGUUGUUGAAUGGCGGAGCGGUGCACGGCUCCAGCCAGAAGGAGAGCGUGUUCAUGAGGCUCAACAACCGGAUCAAAGCUCUGGAGAUGAACAUGAGCUUGUCUAGCCGAUACCUGGAGGAGCUCAGCCAGAGGUAUCGUAAACAGAUGGAGGAGAUGCAAAAGGCUUUCAAUAAAACCAUCAUUAAGCUACAGAACACCUCUCGCAUUGCAGAGGAGCAGGACCAGAAGCAGACAGAGUCCAUCCAGGUCCUACAGAACCAGCUGGAGAAUGUGACUAAACUGAUGUUAAACCUCACUCAAACAGUCAGUCAGCUGCAGAGAGAGGUGUCUGAUCGCCAGAGCUACCUCGUGGUCUCUCUGGUUCUGUGUCUGAGCCUGGGCCUCCUGCUGUGUCUUCAGUGCUGCCGUAGCGCCUCUGCCGGCCCCAGCACCACCGCUGUGACUGCCCUCCCCAAGAGCAACCACUACCCCAGCCCCAAGAGAUGCUUUUCCUCCUAUGAUGAUAUGAGCUUAAAGCGCAGAGUUACCUGUCCACUGGUUCGCUCAAAGUCGUUUCACCUGUCCUCCACAGAAGUAGGUCCAGAUGACUUGUACAUUGUAGAACCUCUAAGGUUUUCUCCAGAGAAAAAGAAAAAGCGCUACAAGACAAAGUCACUGGACAAAUAUGAGACUUUUAAAGCGUCUGAUCCUCCUGCUCUGCUCACAAACGGGGAUGCCAUGUGCAACAGCUUCCACCCAUGCCUACCUGUGGCACCCGUGGCCCUCCCCCUUCCUCCCCCUCCUCCUCCUCCCCCACCUGUACCAGCACCUCCCCCUCUCUCCAUAGAGGAUGUGUCCUCAUUGCCCACCAAGGAGCUCCCCUCAGAGACCAGCAGCUGUAGCUCAUCGACCCACUCUGAGGAGUCCUUCACCAGCCGCCUCCCCCCACCCACUCCCAUCCUCCCCCCUGCUGGCCUGUGCAACGGCCACGUUCUGAACCUCCCCCCUCCGCAGCCUCCCACCAAGUCCCGACAGGAGAAGCGCUCCAUGAAAAGGCGGAAGUCGCGGCAAACGGAGCUGCAGUUCCCCCACGUGCCCGGAGGAGGCGUUGCCUCCCUGCCCAGCCUGCAGCAGCUCAUGAAGGGAAACAAAGAGAUUAGUGUCGAGACCAUCCGAGUGACAGCAGUGACUGGGCACGUCUGAGAAAAAACCCUCACAAUUCACCUGUACACGACUUUUUAAUUAUAACAAUGCACACACUUUAUGGUAGCAGACUUGAGGAAACGAGCACUUUCUGCAUCCCAAAGAACCACAUUUCCAUAUGAUGAGCAACCAGGCGAACCGUGUACCUGAAGUGGCUGUGGCGGCGGUAGCUAGACAUCAUCCAAUCCUUACCCACUCCUGUCAGAGACCUGUUUACGGUUAUGUGCCUUUAUAGCUGUUCUAUGGUUUAGAAACCUGGAAUUUGAAAGAACUGCUGAUGAGAGAUGCUGCGGUGGGCGAGACGAGCGCUAAUGCAUGUCACACCUGUCGAGCUGAAGAUCCUUGUGUUCUGUAGUGGAAAAGCACACGCACCAUGACCGUUGGGCAUCACUGCGUUGUUUUACUACCCACCCAGCACGGUGAGGAGAGAUGCUGAACUCUACGCUCACCUACGGGGCCAUCAAGAGUGUUGCUCUCCUCAGAAGGAAUGAGAGAUCCAUUUGGAGCGUGACAUACUUGCUGCUCUUGUCUUCAUUUCCUCCAUUUAUUUCAGCUCUUCUGUCUUUAGUAUCGCAUCCUAACAUGACUGCAGGCGUUUGUGUGGGACCAGAGGGUUAGACCUUUUAUGUGUGCCAUUCUCUCCAUUCCUCUCUGUCUCUCUGUCAAUCUGUUCUAAACCAUCUGUCAGAGCUGAAUGAAGAAAAUGGGUGCAACAGUCUGAAUGUUUUAAUCCUUUAUUAUAGUAUCCUGUUUAUUCUGGUAUUACAGGUGAAAUAGCAGCGGUUACAUCUACAGGAGAUCUUCUUUUGGGCUGUGCCUGAAACGCGUUGCUUACACAUGACUGUGAAGGUAAAAAGAUGUCAGACAGGCGUGGUGCAGGCUGUAUUUAUUCUGUAUUUUAUUUGUUUCAUCCAUAGCUGAGUCAUGUUUGGCUCUUACCCCCACUUCCCUGUAUGGGGCCGGAGGUUUCAUGUUAUGAGCAUAAUGUACUGUACAAGCACAUUGGGUAGCAAAGCUUAAUGUUUACACUUUCAUCACACACACCCUGCUGGGACCCUGCAGUUGAGUCUGACAGAUCGCUUUUAUUUAUCUAUUUAUUUAUUUAAAUCACUACAGACUUUCUAACAUAGGUACAAGCUUGCUGGCCUCGUAGUUCUGCAGUGUCACAGUGUUUUGUCCAUGUAAGUUGUAGAGAAACUGUUACAGUGAACUACACUCUUAUUGAUGCACAGUCAGCACUAACACUGUACCAGCCCGUCAUUCUGUUUGCUUUAGCCUAAAAUGUCCGGCAGAGGUCUGUGUUUGUAGCCAGGUAUUUUAGUGCUGAUUUAGACCGAGUUCAUAAGGACCAUCAAACUGCUGCCCUGGGUUUUUGGAAGUCAUGAAAAAGGCCUAAAUUCAUAGUUUUGUCCUGGUUUCCAUGUUCUUAUCGCUACAUCUUUAUCUGUUAGUAAUUUCCUGACUGACCCACAUAAAUAUUAAUUUAAAACAUUGUGGGGAGUUAGAAUGUGAAAUGAUUAGCGUUUUUAUUAUUAAAUAAUAAAAUUGAACAGUUUUACUCUCUUUGCACCUUCUGACUGGCUCUAUGUGGUUGGACAUUCUGACGGAGACAGAAAUCUUCUUCUUCUCAGUCCCAUUAGCGUCACCUGACCAGCCUCUCUGGCGCUUCGCUCUUUGCACCAGGGUGACCUCUGACCCCCGCUGCAUGACUGUUUCUGUGACUGUGUGAAUAAACAUUUUCAUAUUCCUUCACUCUAACCCAGAUCACCUAACAUGUUCCCAUUAGAAAAGUCUACAUGCAUGUCUGCUCUUUUCACUUUGUCGGUCCUUUUAUGCACUUGUCAUUGCUCUUCAGCUUUGUAUUUGCCCCACCUUCAAUGAUAGAUGUGAGGAGAGAAGGUUGUGAGCGGUUAAUUAAAGGGAACACUGGUGGAUGUGAUUUAGAACACUAUUAAUGUGAUUCUGUAUGUUCCACGUGUCGAGAUUUUUUUUAAAUCCCUUCUGAAUGUGUAAGAUUUAAUGUGUGUGUGUAACCUGUGUGCAUGUGAGGAUUUUUGUUGUUCUAGUGUAUGUGUGUGUGAAUGUGUUAUGAGAUUACUUGGACUCUACUUAUCCCGUAACACAGUGAAUAGGGAGGCAGCACUCUAAGAUCUCAGUGUGCACUUUGUAUGAUUCUUCAUGCCUUUUUAUUUUUCUACCCUGUCUGUAAAGUGCUAUCUUUUCUUUCUUUCUCUCUGCCUCUCUUUCUCUCUUUGAGUACUCUGUAUAUUGAGUUGCACAGUAUUUUUGAGCAGGAGUGAGUUACUACAAAAACUGUAGUGCCAUUAGAAACUGUGAAUUUCCAAAUAAAGUCUUUUUUUGUUGUGUUUGACACUUA